UUGGUAUUUUGUCGAUGAGAGCCCUGAUUUAUCAUUAAUUACUAUGUUUUCCUCCUCUUCCUCUUCAUAUAUCCCCUCAUUUCUCCCCUCUUAUUUGCCUUAUUGGCAACAACAUUUAAAUUCUUCCAAUUCCUCUACUACUUCCUCAAUGUUUGUUUUUCUUUCAUCAAAUAAUAAUUCUUUAUCGUAUCUUAACAAUAAUUAUCAACCAAUUUGUUAUUAUGGAUUAAUACAACAUAAUAAUAAUUUAUUAAAUAUAAGAGGAGGAGUUCCUUUCCUUGAACCUCCAAGACUUAACACUCGACGUCGACUUUCUACUCGUCAAUCCCAAGAUGGAAGUAUUAUUAGCAUGUCUCGAAGACGUUCACUUUCACAUUGUUCUUCUUCCUCUACAAUUGCUUCUAGCCAUCCACAUAGAUAUUCUUCUGUUAAUGUUAAUCAACAACUUCAAGAACAACAACAAAUCAAUCCAAUAAAUAAUCAAAACCCCUCUAUGACAACUUCAACGAGCGAAUAUGGGACUUUAAGAAGAAUUCCUGCAAAUACAGUUCAACAUCAACAACCGGGAUUUGAACCAAAUACUCCACGUAUUUUAGUUAUUCCAAGGGGGCCUAAAGGUUUUGGAUUUAUUUUGCGUGGAGCUAGAUGUAAAGAAUUUUUUAGAAAAUAUUCUCUUAUUAAUACCAUUUCAGAUGCAGAUUCAAUGCAAUUAGAUUUUCGUCCAACAUUAACAAUUCCAGCACUUCAAUUCUUUGAAGGUGUAGAUAUGCAAGGAAUGGCAAUGCGCGCUGGCCUUAGACCUGGAGAUUUUUUACUUGAAAUUAAUGGAGUGGAUGUUAGGGCAGCAAGUCAUGAACAAGUUGUUGAAUUGAUACAUCAAUGUGGAGAUACAAUUACAUUAAAAGUUGUGACAAUAGAUGUUGAUCUUUUGGCAAGAGAACAACAAUUACAAAAUACUCAACAUUUACAACAACAAAUAUAUGCUAGUAGUUCGGGUAUUAAUUAUGCAACUUUUGGGAGGAGAAAUCAUUCUGUACCAAGACUUAACGGUUCUUCUACAACAGAAAAUCCAGCAAAUUUACCCCCUCCGCCUCCUCCCCCUCCACAACGUGAUCCAUCAACAACUCUUUCUUUUGGUCGUCGUUCAUUUGCAGCUUCACAAUUCACUGCUGCAGUAGAUGUCCAUAAUUAUUCUCCAAAUAAUUCAACACUUCCUUGUGAUGUUCUCCCAAAUUCUUCUGUUACUUUUCCGCAACAACAAUUAACUUAUGUACCAAUAGAACAACAAACUCGUUGUGCUUCUGUUAAAUUAACUAAAUCUGUUCGUCGUAUUUCUGCUGCAGAAUUAGAGCAUUUAAUGGUACAACAAGGAAGUAGUAAUUCUUCUGAUCAACAAAAACAACAAAUUGUUGAACAACAAAAUAAUAAUGUUGGAAUACCAAAAAAGUUUACUUCAGUAGCUGAAAUGAAAAGACGUAAACAACAGAGUGUUCGGAAUUCAAAUAAUAAUAAUGAUCAAAAUCAACUAAUGAAAAGUUCAAUUUCAACACCAGAUUUACAAGCAGCUGAAGGAAAUGAAAAUAAUAUUUAUUCUGAAAAUAAAAACAAAAUAAUUUUAAGACCAAAAACUCCCCCACCCCCACCUCCACAAAGUUUGUGGAAAAAUUCUAUUAAUUUACGAGGAACAGAAGAAGAAGAAGGGGAACAACAACAAUUAACUCCUCCUCCUUCACAAAAUUCUAAUAAUAAUACUUCUGCUCCAAUUUAUGCCUCUACUGUUGUUGUUGUUCCUUCUUUGCCCCAACAAAAUAAUAAAUCUGGAGGAGGACCACCAGCCCCUCCACCCCCACCCCCUAUUAAUUUAUUACAAAAACAUUCACAACCAAGUACUUCUUCAAUAACACCUACUAAACCUUUACAACCAAAAAAGCAACCAGAAACUACAAAUUCUGCUCCAGCUAGUGGAAUAAGUGCUGAAACACUUCGUUCUGUUCGUUUAAGACCUGUCAAACAAACUUCCCCGACAAAAAAUGAAAAUAAAAAUAUUCAACAAAAUUUAAAAACUUCUUUAAAUGAAGGAAAUGAAGGAGGAAAAAUAGCCCCUCCAAUAGAUUUUAAUUCCGAUUUACGUUCUGCUUUAGCUAGAAGACGGUCAAAAGUAAGAAUUGUUGAAGAAACAAGUGAAAGUGGUGGAAGUGGGAAUGAGGAUAAUAAUUUAAAAAAUAAUAAAAUUGUUGUUAAUAAUAUUGAAAAUAAUAAUGGAAAAGGACAACAACAAAAUGUUGGAAAUGGAGGAAUAAAUAAUAAUGGAGGAGGAGGAGGAAUAUUAACUGGUCGAUAUAAUGGAGGUCUUAGUCUUCGUGAAUCUGUUUUAGAAAAUGUUAGUGGUGCUGCAGCCAAAUGUGGACAUGUUGGAGGUAAAAUGACAGCAAAUACUUCUUCACAUUCCCCACCAGGAGGAUUUAUUGGAACAAAAAAGGAUAGCGGAUAUACUUCUUCGAGAACAUCUUUAGAGCCUAGUGAAUGUGGAGAUUGUGAAAAUAAUAAUGGAAAUGGGGCAACAAUUGUAGCAUCUUCUUUAGUUAAUACACAACAUUCUUUACCUGUUAAACACAGAGUUAAUGUUUUGAGUCAACAAUUAAUUGACCAACAAACAUCGACACAAUCACCUUUAUUAACAGGAAAUAAUAAUAAAUCUUUUUGUCCAGAAAGAGACAACAACAGUAUCGGCUCUUUUUUGCGAAUACCAGCUGUAGAUUAUGAUGACCAAUCAGAAAAUUCUUCUAUAAAUUCAAAUAAUCAUUUAGUAGAAGAACAACAACCAUCUUCUUCUUCUAAUCAGUCUACUCCUAAAGGAGAAAAAGAAAUAAUCAAAUCUUCUAUGAAAGAAGAAAUUGGAUUUAAAAAACAAAAUACAGGAGAAUUUAAACAAAAAGCAAUAAAAGAAUGGAGUUGUUUGGAUGUUUGUGAAUGGCUUGAAUAUUUAGAAUUGUCAGAACAUUGUUCAUCAUUUUGUGAAAUUAAAGGAAUUGAUCUAUUAUAUUUUGAUCGUUCAAAAUAUACAGCUUUGGGGGUUACAAGAAUUGCGCAUCGACAAAAAAUGGAAAAAUCAAUUAAAGAUUUUAAAGAAAAAUAA